AUGGUUUCCGACCCCUCGAAGGGUACGAAGCGGCGCGCAGCCGACCAUGAGGCUCAUCCCGAUGAGGUGAAUAAAUGGAUCAAGCGUGCGCCUGCCAGGAUCCCAGCGUUGCCGUACAAGAACACUCCCGAGCGUGAAGCCUUCCGCAAGAGGCGAGACAAGGCUACUGAGCGUAUUGAACGUGCUCGUCUUGAGAUAGUCAGGAGGGCCGGGUCCAACCGCUAUCAUCCCGAUGAUAAAGCGGCUCAGUGCGAACUCAAGCAGGGAUACGCCGAGCUGUGGAAUGUGCACGUUGAGGCUGCAAGUACCAUGCUAUCAUGA